AUGUCCUACUUUCAGAAUCAGAUCAACCAGUUCAGCAGCAGCGUUGUAUCUGCUGCGGGUCGUCUCCCACAAGACCGACGAACGGCCGGAGGUAAUCUCGCUGCCGCCGGAUCCUCCUCCGUUGCUACUUCCACCACUGCACAGGCAGUUAGAUCGUCGUCUACGAACGCUGUCGCAAAUGGUCGCCGACACGAUGCGGAUACCGUCUAUUCUCAACCGGCCAACACUGGCACGGGCAAGGAUAUCAUGACCCAGGUCGUGUUCGCUAUUGACCAUAUGAAAAGCAAGGACUACGCGCUCAAGUUCGCAGAUAUCCUAUCUUAUCUCUCGCUACAGCAACAGGGACAUGACCCUGGUUACAUUCAGGCACUGAAGCGUAUUCUCCAGUCCCAUGAUAAGGUGGAAUAUGAUCCUUCUGGCGCUAAUGGUGAGGGUACCUUCCGGUUUAAGCCUCCGCAUAACAUCCGCUCAGCCGAGCAAUUGCUUCGGAAGCUUCAGUCCCAGCCGACGGCACAGGGCAUGAGUGUGCGUGAGUUACGGGAAGGGUGGCCAAAUAUCGUUCAGGCCAUCGAUAAGUUAGAGGAGGAAGGAAAACUACUUGUUACCCGAAAUAAAAAGGACAACCAGCCCAAGAUGGUGUGGGCGAAUGACCCUUCCCUCAUCCAGCAUUUUGACCCCGAGUUCCGCCAGAUUUGGGAGAAAAUCAAGAUCCCCGACCAACAGACGGUAACCGAUGAGUUGGAGAAGGCUGGAAUCACAUCAACAAGCAAGAAUAAGGUAACAAAACCAAAACCGAAGGUCGAGCAUAAAAAGGUGAAGAAAGCACGGAGAAGUGGGAAGACCACGAAUACACACAUGGUCGGAGUGUUGAGGGAUUACUCUCACCUCAAGAGAUGA